AUGGCGGAACAAUCUAUGCCCUCAAGGCAGCUCUGUGACUUUCUCAAAACGUUGCCCCGCGUUCACCAGAAUCGAUACACAGAGCAGGCAGAACGCGAUCUACUUCAGAGUCUCUUUUGGUCACUCGCCGGCGGACAAAAAGAAUACUUAAACCUUUUCUUCCCAGAGGAUUCGAGGCCAUCGAUCAACGAGGCAUGGAAACUGAGAAAAGCGCAAGGAGGGACAGAUGGCGACGAAUUUACAGAGGCGGCUAGAGGGAAGGUUUGCGGACAUAUAUUUAAGACUGGAGAAGCUACAUAUCGAUGUAAAACCUGUAGUUCCGAUGACACAUGCGUACUCUGCAGUCGAUGUUACGAUUCAUCUGAUCAUACGGGACAUAUGGUAUAUGUGAGUGUCUCAUUGGGGAACAGUGGAUGUUGCGACUGUGGAGAUCCAGAGGCCUGGCGUCUACCAGUCCAUUGCUCGAUACAUACAGCAUACGGACCUGGCGAAGGUGAAGACAAGGGUAAGGCAGCGGGUCUGCCAGGGGAAUUGUUGGAAAGCAUACAAAUGACCAUCGGGAGGGCUUUUGAUUAUAUUUGUGAUGUUAUAUCAUGUUCGCCAGAACAGUUACGAUUGCCUAAAUCAAAGGAGUCUAUACAGUUGGAUGAGAGGAGGUCGCGAUUGACAUCUUCAUACUAUAACGGAGAUAUCAUUGAGGAUGAAUGCGAAUAUGCACUUCUUUUGUGGAAUGACGAAAAGCAUACUGUCAAUGAAGUUCGAGAUCAGGUGGCAAGAGCCUGCAAAGUAACAAAUGCGGAGGGCUUGCGGCGAGCACAUGAAACUGACGAUAUUGGCCGAAGUGUUAUUAAAUAUAGUACGGACAUCGACCAAUUGUUGCGGGUUUCAAAGGUUGUCGAACAGAUUAAAGUCACGGUCACUAUUCGUUCUGCUCGGGAUACUUUCAGAGAGCAGAUGUGUGGAACUAUCAUCGAAUGGCUUAGCGAUAUUUCUGGUUGUAGCGUCGGUCCAGAUCACAACAUAUUACGACAAGUUGUUUGUGAAGAGAUGCUUAAAGAGUGGAACCGAGGAAGUGAGGCAAGCAACGCUGACAUAGGAUUGAAUGGAAUCGAUGACCAUGAAGUGGAGGAGAAUCUGUGGUCAGAUGUUGAAAGUCGAGUUUUCGGACAUAUUUUGAGAGACCGCCAGCCUCAAGCUAUGGCGGUAAUGGCCGCGGCCGCUGCUACCGAUUCGGAAUCUGACGAAAAUGAGAAUGAUGAUGAUGAUGAGCUCAAUGAAGCCAAUAUAGCGCUUGAUGAUGACGAUGAAGAUGGUCCCAGUGAUGACGAGGUGGAAUUAGUUCAGUUUGAGUCCGAGGCGUUGAGAAUUUUUCAACAGGCGAGACAACAAGCUUUAGCUACCGCUGCUCAACCAGAAGCCGAAGCCGAGACUGAUAAUGAUGGAGAUGUUAACAUGAUCGGAGCAGACGAUGAGGCACUAGAGGUACAAGAAGCUACUAUGGCCGGAUAUCCACCUCCGCCGCCACCACCUCCUCCACCUCAGAGAGUUACUAGGGAUCGUGACCUUACGCCAUCGGAUUCUGAUACUGCGGAAAUGCAACCUCUUAUAUCAGACAACCUGUAUGCGAAAGCCAAGAUGGAAAUUCCGAAGACUCCACUGAAUCUAGUAGAAAAAGAAAUAGCAAAACCAGCUAGGUAUUGGCUUGAAAGUCCUCCUGGUUAUACCGACAGGGAAUCAGUACCAUUACAUGAAGAUUUGUGGCAUAAGCUACGAUUAGACUGGCUAAUUUUAUUUGAUUUGAGGAUGUGGAAAAAAGUUCGAGUCGAUCUUCGUGAGCUCUACAUCUCGACCGUGGUAUCGAUUCCUGAGUUCAAACGUGUGCUUGGUCUACGUUUUGCAGGUCUUUACACUACUCUCGCGCAACUUUACUUGAUUGCCGACAGGGAACCAGAUCAUUCCAUUAUCAACAUCUCUUUGCAAAUGUUGACAACGCCAUCGAUCACUGCCGAAAUCGUGGAAAGAGGGAAUUUCUUAACCAAUUUAAUGGCAAUUCUGUAUACCUUCUUAACCACACGACAGGUUGGACAUCCGUAUGAAAUAUUCCCAAAUGCCACAUUAUCUUUCGACUCAGGAUCUGUGACCAACCGUCGAAUGUACCAUUUCUUCAUGGAUCUGAAAUAUCUGUUUGGUUCAGAGCACGUACAAGAAAAGUUACGCACAGAGGAGAGAUACAUGCUGCAGUUCUUGGACUUGGUCAAACUCCAUCAAGGUAUUUGUCCUAAUGUCAGGGCUGUUGGCGAGCAUGUGGAGUAUGAAACGGAUGCUUGGAUUAGUGCGUCUCUAAUAACCCGAGAAAUCAAUCGACUUUGUAGGCAAUUCUCCGAGUCUUUUAAAUGGACUCCUGGUGAAUUGACGGAUCCUGUUUGCAGGGCAAUUCGAACCGCAGCAAAGGCGGUUAUUCUUAACUCCUUGGGUACUGAGAGGAACCGUUUUACCCAGGCAGAAAUUAAGGAUGAAGUCAAAUUCAAAAAGGUGGGUGAUUAUGAAUUCGACACUACCGAACAGUCGAACAGUGUUAUUCAGCAUUCGGUAGUCAAGUUUGUAGUAGAGUCUCAACCUAUUAGUUUCCACCAUGCGCUCCACUAUACUCUCUCUUGGCUCAUCGAGUGCGGUAAAGGCAUGCCCAGACAACAGCUUAUCCGGCUACUCAGCUUUACUACCCAAGAACUUCUUCAAAAACCUAAAUUCAUGGGACAACGACUUAUGCCUAGUCAAGUAUACUCCCCAGAGGAUCAUUUAAUGGCAGCCUUCGACUACCCCUUGCGAGUAUGUGCAUGGUUGGCGCAAAUGAAGGCUAAUAUGUGGGUUCGAAACGGCAUGAGUCUUCGUCACCAGCAGGGUACAUACCGUGGAGUCACAUUGCGGGAUGUAUCCCAUCAUCGAGAUAUAUUUCUUCUUCAAACUGCUAUGGUUGUAUGUCCACCUGCUCGUAUGCUGGUCUCGAUUAUCGACCGAUUUGGUCUGGAGCAAUGGAUGAAAGGCUUGUAUGAAGCUAAGUCAGAUGGAGUCGAUGAUGGACAGAUUCUCGAUAUCGCAGAGGAUUUGAUUCAUCUUCUGAUUGUCCUGAUCAGUGAUAGGACAUCUUUGCUUUCAAGUGAUGAUGACCCUGGAUCUCAUGUAAUGGCCAUGCGUCGAGAUAUUACCCAUGUCCUUUGCUUCAAACCACUAUCAUUCACGGAGAUUUGUGGCAAGCUACCAGAUAAAUUUCAAGACCAGGAAGAGUGCCAAGAUAUUCUGGACGAGAUGACGAAUUUCAAGCCGCCUGAAGGUCUAUCUGAUGUUGGGACUUUUGAGCUGAAAGAGCAAUAUUUGGAAGACAUCGAUCCCUACAUUGCUCAUUACAAUAAGAACCAAAGAGAGGAGUCCGAAAAUACUUACAAGGCUUGGAUGGCAAAGAAGACAGGUAGAUCACCUGCCGAAAUUGUCUUUGAGCCGAAGUUGCGCCCUAUUGAGUCAGGCGCCUUUUCGGAUCUAGCUGCUUUUACACGAACGGGUAUCUUUGCUCAGAUCAUUUACUAUGCACUGUUAUAUCCGUUGAUGGCGAAUAAGCUAACGCCAGCUGUACCUGUAACCCGAGUAGAGGCAUUCUUGCAUGUAGUUCUACAUCUAGUUCUCAUUGCCGUAUCAGAAGAUAAGACAGACGAAGAUGAGAUGUCCGAAGAGUCCCUCGAGUCGUUCAUUUAUAUUGCACUCACAAGCAACGCACGAAGCAACUUCUCGCCAAGUGCUCCAGCAUCGAAGACAAUAGUUGCUAUUCUGGAAAUGCUGUCACGAAAAGAGGAGUUUAAAACUUGCCAUCCGAAGAUUACUUUGGUAUUGAAGAGAAUGAAGCAAAAGCGACCUAGAAAUUUCGAAACUGCAUUUUCAAGAUUGGGCGUUCCGGUCGAUAGGAUAUCUACAGCUUCGCCUGCAAACAACAAUGCGCUGGAAGAUAAGGAAAAGAAAAAGCAAGCUGCCUUGGAACGUCAAAAGAAGGUCAUGGCACAAUUUCAACAACAGCAGAAAAAUUUCCUUGAUAAUCAGGGAGAUAUUGACUGGGGUGAGGAUGAUAUAAGUGAUUCAGAUGUGGAAUCUGAAGGCGAGAGCUCGAAGAGUUAUUACCAAUACCCUUCCGGAACUUUGUAUCCUUUGCCAAGAAGAAAUCGAAAGAUGGUCGUCUCUACGGAACAUUUGCUUUGA